AUGACUUCUCCUGCUAAAGAAGGAAGUAAUCCAGCUAACAAUGCUCAAAAUUUUAAAAAUGAGACUCAAAAUAAUUUUAUUACAGAUAUAGAGCCUUCAUUUGAUUUCCCAAUGAACAGGGAACUAGAACUGCCAUCCUCCCAGGAACAUGCUGUUCCUCAAGCAGCAGAAAGCAAUGAGUUUGAUGGAAAGGAGACCCAAAAAGAUUCUCAAAAAGAAGAUUUAAAAGAAGAGUCCCUUCUAGUGCAGAUUCCCAUUCCUAGAAAAUGGGAUUUUUUUUCAUGUCAGGAUUGGGAGAUUUACCUAUCUGAGUAUCCCACUAGUAAAAAUCAAUAAAAAACAAUCCCUUAAUGGAUACAAACUAUUAGAGCAAGUUUCUAAUCAGGAAAAGUUGAGAGGGAAAUAAGUGAUUUCUUUCAUAAUAGUAUAUAUUACAAAAUUUCUCUCCAACUCUCAAUUUCAUGUAUAAUCCCAUUUAUUAGCAAACAUGAGACGAGAAGAAUAAUUAUCCAUCUGCUGUGUGGGAGACAUUUCUCUCAGGCUGCAGGUUGUCAAAAUACCAUGUUGGUGAAACAAAAAUAUAUAGCUUUUCUUCCUCAUCCAAAUGUCCUCACUCAUGGGGAGAGAACCAUAACAUUUGGAAGAUUUUUGAAGGGGUCCUACUACUGUCCUCUCUUUGAAAGACUGACAUCAGGAAAAAUUUUGAUGGUAGAGGGUUUUUCCUUGAUGUUGAAUGUUGCUGACUAA